GUCUCUGAAAACAACGACUAUGGAGGAAGAAUUCGAAGGUGAACCAAGAAUUGGUGGCCAUGAUGUUGUGUUUGUAGAUGAGUUGUCUCCAGGCCAAAUCUGCCCCGUAUGCCUUCUUGCCAUGCGGAGCCCCGUACAGACUGUGUGUGGUCAUCGAUUCUGCGAAAGCUGCUUGUUAGAAACAUUCAGGGAUCGGGAACGCCAUGGUCAAGUUUGUCCACAAGAUAGGAAUCCUAUUCCUGAUGGAGGGUUCUUCCGUGAUGUGGCCUGGGAGAGGGAGAUACUUUCUCUCCGCGUCAAAUGCAAGCAGAAUGAAAGAGGAUGUGACUGGACUGGACAACUACGUCACUACGAGGUAGCUUGUUGUAAAUGAUUAGCUUAAUUUUCGAUCGGAUAAGCUUUAUAUCUCAUAUCUGAUGCAGCUUUGACUAUCGAGCAAAGGUUAUCGAAGACUCCGUCAAAAGACAAUCGAUAACAACCACAUCAAUAUAAUGAAGUUAAAACUCUAGAUUUUCUUGUAUCGUACGGAUAAUUAACCACUAGAGGCAUUUGUUUUGGUUGCGGUAAUU